CUUUCAAAGAUGGAAAUCCUUUGCAGUAGUCUAGUAGUAUUUCAGUAGUAUUUCAGCACUAUAUAAGUGGACAGAUGAGUUCUGGUUGCCAUCAUAGUCGAUUGAGCUUCCGCGUUUGAAGUUAGUCCUGUCGAGUCCGAAACUGCCCAACAUGAAGUGCUUCGUUGCCUUAGUGAUCGCUGCCAUUUCGAUGGUUACCGAUGGCGCCGCUGUUCCAUUACUCUAUGCAGCCGGACCGAUUGCCAUACCCGCUCCGGCCGGUUUGGCCAUUCCCGGUGCAACCGUUGUCCAAUCGAAUCCUGCUCUAGCGCAUCUUUUGCCAGCGCCCGGUGCAAUUGCGGUCGAUGUUUCCGGAGUUCCAUCGGUGGUCGUAGCUCACGCCCCAGUAGCCCCAGCCGUUGUCGCAGUGGCCCCAGUCCCGGUCGCUGCUACUUCCGUUUCCGCCACACGAGGUGCCGUUCACGUUGCCCCUCUACCGGGACAUUCGGUUUCGCAGCAACAACUGAACUUGGCCCCUGCCCCAGGAUCGGUGUGAAGGACCUAGGAUCGGAUGAAUACCUAAAUCAUAAUGUCAAAGUUGAUUUUCAUAAGAGAACGUGUUGAAACGGAACAUGUGUACAGUGCUGAAAAGUUUACCAGAAUACUCUAUUGUAAAAUAAAGUGCAAACUGAAAACCUGAGAGGGGUUGGAAAUAAAAA